AUGCUCAAUCCAGAAAAUAUUCUCAUCAUCACGAAGCAAAAACCCAAAUCUUCUUCAUUCUCUCUCCUCUAUCACUUCCAUAGCCGCUUCAUAUUUCCUUUUUCACUGUUUCAGCAUACCGAUGGUCUGAAAUCCAGCUUCAUAUCAACUAUUAUCAUUGCGUCUUCAUCUGGUUAUCAGGUUAUAUCACUGGACAACAUGGUUGAUAGGCUUUCUGAUGUUAAGCUUCAGCCAACUAAGGUACUGACUGCUAUAUGUGGCCUAUUACAGACGUUGAUGUCAAACAAAGUUACAAAGGAAAGGAAUCUCGGUCAUUCUAUCAAAUCAGGAUUAUCUGAACAGGUGGCAUCACAAGCUUCCAUGGAGCUAAUUCUAAAGGACGAUUAUCAGAGUUUGGUACCACUGGGUGAUCUUGUUAUCAAAAUUGCAGAGAAUGACCAAUUUGAUUGGUUAGGUCGCGUGAAACUCAUUGAUUGCAUAUUCAACUUUGUAUUACUUAGUCUUCAAAUAGGUCAGGUCAUGGUUGAGAAGCUGCUACUUAUGCUCCGAGAUCCUGAUUUCCGUGUUCGAUUUUCCCUAGCAAGAAGAAUCGGUGUUCUUUUCCAAACAUGGGAUGACCAUGAUGAGCUCUUCCAGGAUAUACUGUCAAAUUUUAGUGUAAAAUUGGUGGUGUUAUUUAAGGAUAAGUUCGUUAAAGCCAAUGAGGUUUUAGCUGCUGGUAAUCAACCACGCCCUAUCAUGGAAACCACCAUUGUAACCCUUGUGCAUCUUGCCCUGCAUAGUGAGAAAAUUGAGUUGGAGGCUGGUUUUAUGAUCUGUGUUAUUGCUGCUAUUGAUUCCUCCCAGAGGGAGCUGGUUGCUGCUGUACUUGAGAACCUUUCUAAAAAACUACAAUACAACUCCAGAUCAGAGCUGUUUCGCAGUACAUUGGAGAGCUUAUUGCACCAAUUAUUUUCUUCUGGGUCCGCUUUUACCCCUAUACCUGAUGAGAAAAUCAGUGUACUACUCAGGGUUGUUACAAAGGGUACAAGUGAGGGUGAAAUAGUCAUGAGUGGUGGAAGUGGAAGUGGAAGUGAAGCUCCAGUUAAGAAGAAGCUAAAAGAUGGUAAAAAGAAGAAGCAAACGCAUAAAUCUGAUGUAAAAUUGGGUAAUAAAUCAUUAAAAAGUCAACCAAAAUGGGAAACAGAAUCUUCUUUCAUGGAUGAUAGAUUUGGGUGUUGUUAUGCCAGGUGGCAAGUUGCAGUAUGGGGAAAAGGGAAACUCAAUCAGACACUAAAAAAUUUAUAUUUCCAGUCUGGAUCUUCUUUUCUGAAGUGUCUCCUGGAAUCUUGGAAGAAAGAAAAGGAUUCAAAUACUAUCAAAUUUAAUAUUGUUGAUGUUGAAGGAGAUGAUCCUAAUGAUGACAGGUGUAAUAUAUGUGGAGAUGGUGGUAUUGGGACUUCCUUGUUUGGAAUGAAAUUCCUAAAUUGUCCUCUUGCACCCGGUGAAUCAUGGCAUCCAUAUGUAAUCAAAAUGGCCCUUCAUCAUCCUGAUGAGAGGGAUUUGGGGUAUAUAUACCUUGAUUUAAAUUGUAGACAGGGGAAGUAUCCUGGUUGUGCUCAUUUUGCCAUAAGAGGAGGGCGUGCAGUUUCCAAAACAGAAUACCAGUUGCCAGUGAUUGCCGUUGUUUGCAACUUCUCAAAGCCCCAUAAUUCAUCAAUCGUGAGACUUAACCACUCUGAUGUGGAUACCCUUUUCCAUGAAUUUGGGCAUGCUCUACAUUCCUUGCUUUCACGAACAAUUGAAAAGCUUGUUUAUCCAUUUCAAAAUUUCACCAAAAUUGACAUGAAAUUCUACAACUCUCGAGAUAUUAAUUGUGGUGUACGCAUGUUGCCAGCUGGAAGCGGUAUGGGUAUUGUGUGUGGGAUGACUAGAGGCAUCAAGAUGGCAAGACCCCCCUCUUCCUCCAUCAUGAAUUCCACCACUGGUUUGUUGACUUCCAGUACACCUACACCAACACCAACACUUGCUCAAGGAAACUCCAUGUUGAGAUCACGUGAGGCUAUGCAUAUGAUUCGGUAUGGAUUAAUUGUAAAGUCAACUCUGCAGAUCCCUGUUGGGCAGCUAGGGUCAGGAAGUCCAUGGUCGUUAUUUGAAGACCAGUUUGGAUUCUUGGAAAAAUGUAUCAUGCGGAAACAGAAGCAUAACAAUAAGAAGUAG